AUUUCUUGCAAGGCCAAUGAUGCAUCCAGAAAAGAGAUAUGAUGUUCACGAUGGCGGGGCACCAGCCGUCGACGGCCUUCACAUCACUUGCGCAAUGCCGUGUGGAUCGGCUCAGUCAUUGUCCUCAGGUGUAAUGAGGAGAGCACGGUCUCUGGGUAUAUAACGAGUGGCUGCUGCCCUCAUUGAUACCACUUCAGGUAAGAGUGUCGUGUCGGCAAAUCCCUUCUUGGACGGAACACGGGACCUUUCCAUCGGCCGAAAUCUAGCCCCGUAGGUUCCCCUACACGAACGCUUCACGCUUAUUAGCAGUCUUACCGCGAACCAACACGAUGCUGCUGAAUCCAUCACACAAGAUUACGUUCAGCGGCUUGCCGCCAGAUGUUCUGGACGCAUAUGUGCGGUACAAGAAAGGCAGCCGUGCAUUGGUGGGCUGGUUGAUCCAGUACAGCCCCUCGCCUAACCGGCGUGUCAAGACCCUUCCGAUCAAAGAGCUGGAAUCACUGGCCCAGAUUGCGGCAACAAAUCUGCGAUCAAUUCCAGACAUUGUUCAUUUCUACUUUCGAGAGACCAUCGCCGCUCGCAAGCGACUCAGCAAGUACUGGCGUGCCCAGAUCGACGAAUCCACCGAGGAUGUGGAUACAAUCAAUCACGAGCAUUUCACAACGAGUCUCGCUCAGAUCUACAAAGAUCUUUGCGCCUGCUGUGGUCGCAGCGACCAUAAGCCGGGAAACAAGAAGUCGAGCUCAGCGCCGUCGCCGGAAUCUUCAAUUAACUCGUAUGUUGGUUUGGACGUGGAGCAUGUCAACGACGACCAGGAUGAAGUCGAAGAGAAUGCACUCUCCUCCUGUCCCGAGUGCACGGCAACCACCCCAACGAAUUGUGACGGGAAGAGACUGGAGGUUCAUUUCGCCGACGAUGAACUCGGGACAUUUUUGGAGGUAAAUGCGGCUGUUCAGCGUAUCCAAGAUAUAGCCUCGUCCGCUGAACAUUGCUGGCAGUUGGCUGCAAAAGGCAAACUAUCGUUCACGGUGGCCGCGUUCAUUAGCAAUGUUGCCUUUUCCAUGCUACGUCAGGUCGGGGUUGAGUUGCUGGAGCAUGAUGAGCAGCUUAGCCUGUCGGGACUACAUCAAAUGUGCUGUGCUCGGUCGGGCACCGAGACCAAGAACGGUGAAAGUACCAGCCACAUCAUGUUAGAUGAUCUUCAAAAAUUGGAACGAUCACUCCUUCAUUAUCGAGAAGGACACAACAAGUUGAUCAUCCCAUCCUGCGCUGGCUGUAUCCAGAAACCCGCCGAGUACAUUCAAGCGCCGGCCAACGAUAGUGGCAUAGCCAGACCUCAGUUUACCGAAGCGAUAGUUGACAACAUUGUCCAUCUGGUCGCCACCACCGUUGUGCCACCAAGCAUUAUCAGAAACAGCACCCCUGUGUACGCAGACGUAGGCUAUCUCAUCACUCGUACCGACGAGAAGACUCAACCUUGGUCUGCUGUCCUAGGACUUGAUCUGCUCACCAAAGGCUACAAAAGCUAUCUGACAUCGCUCGAAUCCGCCAAUGAAAUCUCCAAGUGCCGUCUGGCUGCGCUCAGACUGGCCCAGCAAGCUUCAGCCCAGGUCACAAGAAUACUGAACGAUAAGACAUGCUUCCCGUGCCGCUGUACACAGACUUUAGCCUACCACCUGCAAAACCUCGGCGUUGAUCUGCAAGCGUACGCCAAAUACAAGUGCUGGGACAUAUACUUCCAAUCGCCGUGGGUUGCGGGAAACCAGCUUCUGGAGAUUCUCGACUCGUGCCAAUACUACGGCAUGCGACUGUUCAACUAUCGACACUACGUGGGAGCCGUCCUGCAUUCGUACAAUACUUUGAGACAACUUGGCGGACUUGAAGAGAUUCCAAUUCUGGAGAGCCUCUGCGAGCAAUUUAGCAGCGUAUUCUUCCCUGCUGGCAGUCGACCCAAGGGCAGCUUCCGUGCCUGUUGGAGCAGGUACGUCGGUGCUCGGCUGAAGUUCAAAAAGGGCCACCGGAACAGGAACAGCAGCGACGCUUGGUGCAUGGCCAUCCCAGCACAUGCUGCCCGUCGAGCUGCGGGCUUGGGAGCGCAGAGUGAGCAAGAUCUGAGCAAGGUCGAUUGCCUGCUGUUCCGCGUCAAGCAGCAGGACUAUCAUGUCAGCGACGAUGUCUGGGACAGCGUCAACGAUGCAGCAGCCAAGGCUUCGAAACCUCCAGGUACGCGCAAAGUAGGACGAAGCAGCUCGACCACAUCGCGUGAAUCGCUGGCCCCGGAGCGGCGAUUGCUCGAUCUCGCCGAAGCGACGCAGAAAUCCUUCGAUGCGUCGGUUGCAGACACCAACCGGUGUACUGUCCCCGUGGCGCGUUUGAACAUGUUUGCCGUCUUUGAGAAGUGUGUUGGCGUGGUUUCGACGUUGUCCGACGGCACGCACACCAGUCCCGAAGAGAAGGGGACAAAUUGUAUCUGCUUCGCCAGUGCAAUUCUCAUGGGCGGCGAUCGUAUUGUUGACGGACGAAAACUCGGCCGCUUGGAGACAUGGAAGAAGGAUGAGAAGGAGUGUGUCAAUCAGGCUAAGAAGGCGAUCAAGGAGGCUUUUGCCGAGGUGGAUCGGGAACAGUGGUUGUGGAGUGUUUGAAUUCACUAACAUUCGUUGACGGUGAUUGUGAUGAAGCUGUCUCGCCUUGCCUUCCUCGCCUUCUGUAAUAGUUGCCAAUCCGUUGUACUUUGCUGUUUGAGCCUGAGCCUGAGCCUAAGGUAUGAAGCAGAAUCUCAUUUUGUUCAAUGAUAGUUUUGUUGGUGGCUUAUCCAAAUCAAUAUGCCCUGUCUGCCAAU